AUGGAAUUUCUGCCCUGCCCCUGUCACGGCCCCGCCUGCCUCCCGGAGGCCCGCCCGGCCAUGCAAUCCGCCGCCGGACCGCCCGGCGGGUCCAACCCGAAGCGGGCGACCGGCCGUUCGCACCGCUCGGCCGACGGGGCGAUCCCCGCGGCCCUCGAUCGCUCGCCCCGGGACGUGGCCCGACCGGCCCACGCGCACGGCCUGGCCUCUACCGCCGGUUUCGGCGGCGCAAUUUGCGCCUUCAUCGCUCUCUGGAUCGUCCUGGCACCCAUCGGACUCCUCCCGACGGCACGCUCUUCGGCAAAAAGUCGCCGCCGGCUGUCCACGCCGAGCCAGCCAGUUGCCGGCUCGCACGGCAGCCUCUUCCUCUCGACCAGCCUCAACUUCGACACGGCCAGGCUGCAGCGGGGCACGACCAUCGUGCUGCCCUGUUGCAGCCUGACGUUUCCCACUGCUCUUGCGCUGGCACACUUCGGCCUUCCGCUGCUCGCGUUCGGCAAGCUCUUCUCCGCACUCCUGCCACGCACCAACUUCCCGAUUAAGUACGGUUAA